AUGGCUGACUUCGCCCUUUCAUGGGAGAUAUUCAUGACCCAAGGAAAGCAACAUAUCGCCCAUGCCGAGCUGGAGUACGCGUUGAGGGCAUUUAAUAGUGCACUGGCGCUGUGCCCGUCAGUUGAAGAUUCCCCGAAUGCAACCAGCUAUAGACAUCAGGUCCUCGGCAUGCUUGGAUAUACAAACAGACUAUUUGGGAGGUAUGAACAGGCAAAGGACAUCUUGGAAGGGGCACUUUCCGAGGUGGGACCAAGCCUGGAGCGUGUCUCCACAAGUGGCGAGCUUGGCAUAGUAUACCGUCAUAUGGACCGUUUCGAGGAUGCGAAGCGUACUUUCGAAAUUCAGUAUGAGACCGCAAAACAGCUCAAAUUUGAAAGAGCAAUGUGUCGCGCGGUCGGUAAUAUGGGAAUGGUCAACUAUCAGCUCUCACUGAUGAAGGGUCAUGACGAAACACUGUUAAAGUUGGCGAUAGCCCAGUUGACGGAGCGCGUUCAAAUUGCACGACGCAUUAAAGAGCAUGAUGACACAUCUUCGUGUGCAGACCCAAGCACAAGAACUCGCCGCUGUAAACAAGUUGCUGCUUGGGAGACCAUCGGCUUGGCUCGGCUCUCGCUCUGCUACACUGCCAAUGGCAAUAUCAGGGAGGCUAUUGCUACAGCAUUAGAAGGAUUGAAUCUUGCCAAUUCCUAUAGCUUAGGAGAUUCUACCGUGCUUGCACUAUCACGUUUCUUCUACGGGCGGGCGUUAAUGCGGGAUGGGCAGCUGAGACAAGCACUGGAGCAGUUUAAUCAACAUGAAACCUGCUCGCCAGCCAUUGCGUUGUGCAAAGAGCCCUCGGAAGAGAACCGACAGUAUUUGCGAGAACUGGCGGAGGUUGGUGCAGACAUGGAUCUAAUUGACGAGCAAGGCUACACGGCGCUAGAUUACGCCGUAUUCGCCGGCGAUGCGGUGGCGGAGGAGAUUGUGCUUGAAGGACUCCGACGGGGGCUCUAUCGAGCCGCAGAGAACAAGCUCAUCGAACUACGAGCGGAAGCAAGACUUCGAAAAGGCUACCGUGAGCUUUUCCAAGAGAAGUUGCGACCUGUGCUACUUGGAGGCCGUGGCGGCGACAGAUUACGGAUUCUGCGGGUUGUUUACGCUGAUGCGCUAGCUGAAGAUGAAAGUAAGAACCGGAUGUUUGAUGGGUUUAAAUUCAUGAGCUACUCCGACUUUUGCUUGUGUGGUAAGCUUCCACGAUCCAGCGACGGCUUGGUACAGAGAUGCAUGGCCGAAUCACUCACGACGCAUCCGGAUAUUGCAGCCGAGUUUGUGAUUUUCUUUUCGUACAGAUGGAUCAAUCACGACCAGGGGGCAACAUCACCAGACGACGACAAAAAUACACAAUAUCGACGCAUGAUUCAAGCAACCGAGGAAUUUCUGGGCCUUCAUCCCUACGUAGAUCGAGAGAGACUAGGCAUCUGGAUGGGCGUUUCCGCCCUGCCAAUGAUCAUUGCACAAUGCAACGCUGUCAUCAGCCUCGUCGACGACAAGUACCAUUCGCGCGCUUGGUGUUCUGUGGAAGUAAUGAUGGUGCAAGCGCUCAAGAAGUCAUACAAUCUGCACCUAUGGUAUGAACAUGUGCUAACACAACCUGAUACCCUUGAAGAGGAGGGAGGCAGCAGAGGGUUUUUGCGAGAGGGACCGAUAGAUUUGAAGAUUUCCAUGUCGGAGAAAGACUUAACUUUUGAGGAGGAUCGGCCUAAAGUCUUGUUUUUAGAGAGGCAGAGCAAAUUAUUAAGUUAA